AUAGGUGAAUUUACAGAAUCAAUUAUUUUGAAGUUUCAAUUAUUUUGAAGUUUUUCCUACAUUUGUAGAUGUAAUUCCGAAAAAUUCAAAAUUUAAACAAACAAAUGCUUUCCAAUAUAUACCUCCAGUUUUUUGAGGCAUUAAUGGAAUUGCGCCUCAGGUGCUAAGAGCAUUAUGGGGGUGAAUCAAGACAUUAUCUUAAUUUAUUAGUAUUAAUUUAUAUUUAAUGUUUUAUUAGUUUAUCUAUUUGUUUAUUUUUACGUGUAUAUUUAUAUUACAUUGAAAUUUCUUUUGUUUUUGAGUUGACUUGAAGUUCACACAAUUUCUUAUCCUCCUCCUUUCCAUCUUUUCUAAUUCUUCUAAAAUUCAUCACUAUUUUUUUUACAAAGGUUUCGCCUCAUUUUUUUUCUUCUGCCAUUUUCCGAUCCAAUCAAAUGGAGAAUGAAAACCCUUCCUCAUCCUCAUCAAAAUCGCCAUUUCCAACUACCGAACAAGAAAUAGCUUAUCGGCCGGAACCGGAACCUGAACCUGAAACAGUAAGGACAUAUGACGUGUUCUUAAGUUUCAGAGGAAAAGAUACUCGCGCCUCUUUCACUUCACAUCUCCAUACUGCUCUUCAGAAUGCCGGAAUUACUGUUUUUAUUGACGAUAAUGACCUUCAAAGAGGAGAUCACAUUUCAACAUCAUUAUCACUAGUAAUUGAGCGCUGUCAAGUUUCUAUAAUUGUUUUCUCUAUAAAUUAUGCUGAUUCGCGAUGGUGUCUCGAUGAAUUGGAAAAAAUAAUGGUGUGUCGCAGAAGCAACAGACAAGUGGUUGUGCCAGUGUUCUACCAUAUAGAUCCCUCUCAAGUGCGGAGUCAGUCAGGCCAGUUUGGAAUAGCUUUUCAACGUCUUUUGAACAAAAUAGAAAAGGAGGUCGAUUUCGAUUUAUAUCAUGAAAGGCAAAUGAGGUGGAGAAUGACACUUCUUCACGCAGCUAAUAUCGCAGGGUUCGUGAUACUAAACAGGAAUGAAAGUGAGGAUAUCAAAAGAAUUGUUGACAAAGUUUCACAUUUGUUAAACAAGACAGACUUGUUUAUUGCACAUAAUCCUGUGGGAAUUGAAUCUCGAGUGCAAGAUGUCAUUCAACUUCUAUCCAUUCAAUCAAAUGGAGUUCUACUUCUAGGGAUGUGGGGCAUGGGGGGAAUUGGCAAAACAACAAUUGCAAAAGCAAUUUACAAUAAAAUUGGCCGUGAUUUUGAAGGUAGGAGCUUCCUUGCUAAUAUUAGGGAAAAUGGGGAGAAAAUUGCCGGACUAGUGGGUUUACAAGAGCAACUUCUAUUUGAUAUCUUCAAAGAAACGACAAUCAAGAUACCAAACAUUCAAUCAGGAAUAAACACAUUACAAUCUAAACUCGGUCAGAAAAAAGUACUUAUUGUACUUGAUGAUGUGAAUACGUUAGACCAACUAAAAACUUUUUGUGGAAGUCAUGAAUGGUUUGGUUCAGGAAGUAUAAUAAUCAUCACUACUAGAGAUAUGCAUUUACUUACAGGGAGAGUCGACAAUAUAUACAAAAUGUCAAUAAUGAAUGAAGCUGAAUCAAUUGAGCUUUUUAGUUGGAAUGCAUUUAAGCAAGCAAGUCCUACAGGAGAUUUUGUUACAAUUUCCAAAAAUGUAGUUGAAUAUUCUGGAGGAUUGCCGCUAGCUCUUGAAGUCCUUGGGUCAAAUUUGUUUAAUAAGACGAAAUUGGAUUGGGAACUUGUAUUGGAGAAACUCAAAAGAAUUCCUAAUAGUCAAGUCUAUAAGAAGUUAAAAAUAAGUUAUGAUUGUUUAAAUGACGAUGAUGAGCAAGAAAUAUUCCUUGACAUAGCUUGUUUCUUUAUUGGGAUGGACCGAAGUGACGUUAUACUUAUAUUAAAUGACUGCGGACUUUCUGCAGAAAUUGGAAUAAACAUCCUUGUUGAGCGUAGCCUUGUGACUGUUGAUAAUAAGAACAUGAUUGGAAUGCAUGAUUUACUGCGAGAUAUGGGAAGAGAAAUCAUUCGCGAGGAAUCACCAAGGGUGCCUCAAAAGCGUAGCAGGUUGUGGUUUCAGGAGGAUGUGAUUGACAUAUUAUCAAGACACAGGGAAAAAAAAGGUGUUAUCGGACUUGCUUUGAAGCUGACUAGUGCAAAUGCAAAAAGUUUUAGCACCAAAGCAUUUCAUAAGAUGAAAAGGCUCAGAUUGCUUCAACUUGUUGAGGUAAAACUUGAUGGAGAUUUUGAAUAUGUUUCAAGAGAUCUGAGAUGGUUGUCAUGGAAUGGAUUACGUCACAUACCUACAAAUUUCUAUCGAGAAAAUUUGGUUUCCAUCGAGUUAAAGAAUAAUAAUGUCGAUCUUCGAUGGAAUAAGACUAUGAGGAUGGAGAAGCUAAAAAUUCUCAAUCUAAGUCAUUCUCACCGUCUCACACAAAGCCCUGACUUUUCAAACAUGCCUAAUCUUGAAAAGAUAGUACUCAAAGAUUGUUCAAUGCUGUGUAAGCUUUCUUCUAGCAUUGGACAUCUCAAUAAAAUUCUUCUGAUAGAUUUAGAAGACUGCAUUAGACUAUGUAGCCUUCCAAGAAGCAUCUAUAAGUUGAAAUCUCUGAAAAUUCUCAAUCUUUCGGGUUGUUUGAAGAUUGAAAAUAUGGAAGAGGAAGAUAAGGUCCAAAACACUGCAAUAACAAGAGUGCCCUUUUCCGUGAUAAGAUCCAAAAGCAUUGGAUAUAUUUCUUUGUGCGGUUAUGGAGAAUUUUCACGUGAUUUGUUUCCAUCUAUCCUUUGGUCUUGGAUGUCACCAACAAAUAAUCUCUCGUCGCGAUUUCAGACAAAUGCUGCCACAUCAUCUCUUGUUACUCUAGAUGUACCAAGUAGUAGUUCCCGUGAAGCAUCAUCGUUUUCUUACCAUCUUCCAUGGAUUCGAAGUAUUUGGAUGGAUUGCAAAUCUGAAGAUCAGCUUUCCUUACAUUCAAAAAUAGUUUUGGAUGCUUUAUAUGCCACAGGUUCUAAGGAUUUGGAAUCAACUGCAAGUACAUCACAAGCAUCAAAUAGUACUACUCCCACAGUAAUUCAAUGUUGUAGUCAAAUGCACGUUUCAGGAUCAAAACAUUACUUAAAGUCUCAUUUAAUUCAAAUGGAGUGCCAAGCCACUAAUAUUCAGAAAGAGAAAAUUUUACAGAUUCUAUGUUGCAGUCAAGUGCACGUUUCAGGAUCAAAACAUUACUUUAAGUCUCUUUUGAUUCAAAUGGGAAUGAAUUGCCAAGUCACCAAUAUUCUGAAAGAGAAAGUUCUACAGAAUAUGGAUGUCAAUGGGAGUGGUGGUUGUUUUCUCCCUGGUGAUAGUUAUCCAAAUUGGUUAACCUUUAAUUCUGAAGAUUCUUCUGUAACUUUUCAAGUGCCUCAUGUGAAAGGGCAUAACUUGAAUGCAGUGAUGUGCAUUGUCUAUACUUCCACCCCAGUUGACAUAGCAUCCGAUGGCCUUAAAAUGGUGUUAGUGAAAAAUUACACAAAGGCUACCAUUCAACUUUAUAAGAGAGAAACAUUAGUUUCCCUUGAAGAUGAAGAGGGGCAGAGGAUAGUAUCAAGUAUGGAACCAGGUAACAAAGUGGAGGUCGUCGUUGUUUUUGAGAAUAGUUUCAUUGUGAAGAAGACAUCAGUUUACCUCAUAUAUGAUGGACCAGUUGACGAAAAAUUGGAUCUAUAUCAUGUACCUGAUUUGAGAGGCAUUGCUUGUAGUGGUGAUGAAAAUGAACACUCUGUCAAGAGAAUCUCUACUGAAGAAGAGUCCAUCGAUGACUUCAAUCGAAACAGAAAGAAGAAGAAUCGACUGGAAUGAACCGAUGAAAGAUGGUAAAACAAUGAUGGGUAAAACACAAUUAUUGUAGUGCUUGCAUACCUUUGUAUUGACAACAAUUGUUUUCUAUUUUUGGCUAAAGUUUCUAGAUUAUAUCCAUGGUGAAUUUUUGUAUUCCCAAAAAGAUGUUAAAUAUUAUAAUAGUUCUGUUACAAUUC